AUGGAUAAUGCCAACUCAAAUUCUCGUAGAUUGCCACCUUUAGAAUAAGAAAAUCAAUAAUCAAGAGCUAUGUCUUAAAAAAAGAAUAUCAUUAAAUAGUAAAUGAUAAGCAGUAACAAAUUUGAACCAAAGACAAGUUUAUAAAAUAAAAAAACUGGUCCUGCACCAAUAGAAGAAAUAGAUAAUUUCAUUUGUUAUUUUUGUGGAGGGUAAGAUUGUAAAAAGGAAUAAGCUAAUUCAAAUAAAAAUAAGAAUGCUAUAGAAGGAUUGCAUUCUGAUUGGAUCACUGAUAAUAUUUUGGCUAUGUAAAGACUGAGUACGACAUUAAUGCCAAAAGUUAUACCAUAAUUCUAAUAGUAUAAUAAUUAUUCUAUUAAGACAUAAUAUUGGAGCAGUCAUCAAUUUAUAAUAAUAAGGAGAACAUGCUUAAUGUGGACCUGGUAUACUUCCAGGCAUUGGAUUUUCAUAUAAUCCUGAAUCAUUAUAAUAAGGUAUUUAAAUACUAAUCAAAAGCUAAGAUUAAUUUCUUUAAUUAUGGAUGGGAAGAUAUGACAGCUGAUACUACUUUUGAAAAUCUUCUUAAAAUUUGUUCAGCUUUUGACCUGAUGACUAAAAAAGGAAAAAAAGUUGCUGUACAUUGUCAUGCUGGUACAGGCAGAACUGGAGUUGCUAUAGUAGCAUGGUUAAUUUAUGGAGAAAGAAUGCCAGCAGAAGAAGCUAUUCGAUUAUUCUAAUCUAGAAGAAGGGAUUCUUUAGGUAAAAGUGCUUAAAGAGACUUAUUAAAAGCAUUUGAGAAAUGUACUUAUAUAAAAUAUAUCUAGUCUUAUCAAAUAGAAAAUGGUAUGCCUAUCCUAAAAUCUCAGGAUUGAUCAAUGAUGAUAUUGUAUAACAAUAAAACCAAUAUGUUGUAAAUGAAUUAAAGAACAAAACUAAAUUAAUUCCUGCACCACUCUAUGUUAUUUUUAAUAGAUUCUUGAUAUUUUUGGAAGAUUAAAUACUUACACCAUAAUAAAUAUUGUAAGCAUUUGUUGGUGAUCCUUUAAACUUGUCACCUUUAAAUAAGGAUGAAUUAUAAAAACUCAUUAAAUAAUUUGAUGCUCACAAUUUUCUUUUAGGGCAAGUUACUGAUAUUAGAUUGCUACCCUAAUUACUAUUUUCUUAUUUUGAUCUCUUACCUUGGUAAUGUGUAUCAGAUAAAUUUGCUUUAGAUAUUAAAUAACAUUUAAAUGGAACACAGAUUUUAGACAUCUUUAAAUAAUGUGCAAAAGACUUAGAAAUAGGAUCUUUUUAUAUUUUAAAGACUAUUGUCUCAUUUGCUCUUUAAUUAAAAAUUGCAGACACUAAAAUUGACUUAAAAACAUUUUUUUAUCGUUUUUCUAUAUCACUUCUACAAAAAUAUCAAUAUCUUGAUGAUCAUUUUAUUGGAUUUUCACUUAUACGAACAAAUAAAAUUGAAAUUGUAUAAAUUGUUUUUUUGCAAUAAUUUUUGUAGAAAUGGCAUGAUGAAAUAUUAAAUUUAAAUGAUAAAAUUGUAUUUUAUUUUUAUUAUUUUUAGUUCGAAGAGAAUUAGUUAUCAAAAGAUUUCAGAGAGUUAAAAGGUGUGUGA